AUGGAACAUUUUUUUUCUAAAAAACGUAGAGGUGAAUCUUCAUGUCAUUCAAUUACACCUUUUAUUGGAGCAAAUGUUGAAGCAAAUGUAGAAGCUGAAACAAAUUCUAAGGAAUAUGUUCGUGAUCCGGGAUUAAGAAAACCAAUUGAGGAGUUUGAUAUUUCUAUUCAAGAUCAAGUACGUAGAGAAUAUUGGUCUAUGGGGCCUUGUCAAGUAGUUGGACAUAGCUAUCCGAAGACUGAAUUUGGAAAUCAAUUAAGGAGUUUUCAAGAUGUGUGGUAUCAAAAGUUUGUGUGGUUAGAGUAUAGUGUUGCAAAAGACGUUUGCUUUUGCUUUUGGUGUUAUCUUUUCAAGCCACAGGAUAAAGCGAGUCGGUAUAGAGCAGAUGCAUUUACUAAGACAGGAUUUAGCAAUUGGAAGAAGGCUUUGGUUAAAUUUGCAGAAUAUGUUGGAAAUACAGAUAGUUGCCACAAUAAUGCUAGAAUACAAAUUGAAGCCUUUAAAGAUCAAAGACAUAGUAUGGCAACUAUGUUUAGAUCAAAUACUCGUGAGUUGGAUGUUGCUUAUCGCGCUCGUUUGACGGCUUCAUUGGAUGUGAGUUGUUUUCUAUUGAAGCAAGGAAUGCCUUUUCGUGGAAACGAUGAGUCUACUAGUUCUUCAAAUCGAGGUAAUUUUCUUGAGUUGCUUCAUUGGUAUAGUGAUCAUAAUGAUGUUGUUUCCAAAGUUUUGGAUUCAAAUGCUCUUGUGUUUACUAUGUUGGUUGAUGAGGCUCGGGAUGUAUCAUUGAAAGAGCAAAUGGGGAUAGUUUUAAAAUAUGUGAAUGAUAAAGGAUGUGUAAUUGAAAGAUUUAUUGGCAUUGUGCAUGUUGUUGACACUUGUUCACAUUCUCUUAAAGAUGCUCUUAGUGCUUUAUUUGUGAAACAUGGUUUAUCACUAUCAAAACUGAGGGGUCAAGGAUAUGAUGGAGCUUCAAACGUGAGAGUGAAUACAAUUGGAGCAUCUUGCAAAAGAAAAGAUCAACUUAGAAUGUUAGAACAUGAGAGAUUAGUCAAAGAACUCAAUGAUGAAGUAAGGAUAAGUGGAAAAGGCCAAAAUCAGGAUACUAGUUUGGCAAGACCUGGAAAUACUCGAUGGGGGUCACAUUAUUUGACUUUGCUUCGUUUAUGUGCUAUGUGGCCUUCAGUAGAGAAAGUGUUGGAGAAUAUACGGGAUGAGACCACUAACUCUGAGGUUAGAAGUACUGCAAGAGGUUUGCUUCGGAAGAUGAAUGAUUUUGAGUUUGUGUUUGUGAUGCAUUUGAUGAAAUAUUUGUUAGGAAUCACAAAUAAAUUGUCAUAUGCAUUACAAAGAAGGGAUCAAAAUAUUGUGCAAGCCAUGACUUUGAUUGAUGCAGUGAAAUCUCAACUACAUGACUUCAGAAACACUGGGUGGGAAAUAAUUUGUGAUGAAGUCAAUAGAUUUUAUGAGGUGAAUGCUAUUUCUUUGAUUGAUAUGGAAGACACAAUAACACGAACUGGUUAUAAAAGGCAGAGCAUCACCAAUGAUCAUUAUUACUGUGUGGAGAUUUUUACUGAGGUUGUUGAUUUAAUCAUACAAGAGAUGAAUAAUCGUUUUUCUGAAGCUAGCACCGAUCUACUUAGAUGCAUGGCAUGUCUUGAUCCAAGAGAUUCUUUCUCUCAAUUCGACAUUAAUCAACUCAUGCGUUUUACUACUUGGUAUCCUGAAGACUUCUCGGCAGCUACUACUUUUGUUGAGAGAACAUUUUCUGCAAUGAAGCUCGUCAAAAGUGAUUUGCGAAAUCGUAUGCAGGACGAGUGGAUGAAUGACAAUUUGAUUGUGUACAUUGAAAAGGACAUUUUCUCAACAAUUGAUAAUGAGAAGAUAUUGCAACGUUUUCAAUCGAUGAGUGCACGUCGCAAUCAAUUGUCAUCGCUUUCUCAAACAGAAACAACUAGUUCACCAAAAUUGCUCUGCUCCUCCAGCUCUGCUCUUCCAGCUCUGCUCUCCCAGCUCUGGUUUCCCAGCUCUGUUAUCCAGCUCUGGUCUCCCAGCUCUACUAUCCAGCUCUGGCCUCCCAGCUCUGCUAUCCCAACUCUGGUCUCCCAGCUUUGCUAUCCAGCUCUGGCCUCCCAGCUCUGCUCUCUAGCUCUGCUAUCCCAGCUCUGCUAUCCAGCUCUGGUCUCCAGCUCUGCUAUCCCAGCUCUGCUCUCCAGCUCUGGUCUCCCAGCUCUGCUAUCCAGCUCUGGUCUUCCAGCUCUGCCCUGCUCUACCAGCUCUGCCUUGCUCUACCAGCUCUGCCCUACUCUACCAGCUCUGCCAUGCUACCCCUUCACUCACGCCAGCCAACAGGAGCAGCUCUCUGCCGCCCCCGCUGCCAUCGGCCCAACUCAGUCACGAUUCAACACCAGCCUUGUCCCUUAA